CUACAGCCACAACUCUCCGCUCGGGUCUCAUUAUUUCCUCCCGUGUGGUUUCGCCGAAGUUUCCCUGUUUUGCGUCUCUUUCUCUAGGGUUCCGAUCGAUUCCAGUCCGGAUCUCGUUAAUUUCCAGUUGUUCCCUUCCAAAAUCUCGUCUUGAUUUGCAUGAUCUGAGAUUUCGAAAGGAGCGCACCCAGAUGCUGCACAGGCGCUGUUCCUCUGCCGUGGUGAUCGGAUCGUCUUCUGAACAACGCCCCUAAUUUUGAGGUAGACUAUAUUGCUCGCGUUUGUGAUUAUGGACGAAGGGGACCUCGAUUUCUCUAAUCCCGAGGUCUUCUCUGGGCCCAACGGUGGUGAAGAUCUUCCUAGCAACUGCUCCAUGGAUAGUUUUUUUGACAACAUCUUCAAUGAUAGCCAUACAUGCACCCACACCCACACUUGCAACCCGCCGGGACCGGACCUCUCUCACACCCAUACUUGUUUCCAUGCGCACACCAAAAUCGUCUCAGCUUCUCCUGAUGAGACUGCUGAGUCAGUGGAGAAGGGAACUUCAUCAAAAAAAAGAUCUUGUGGUAACAGAGAGGCUGUUCGGAAGUAUAGGGAGAAGAAGAAGGCACAUGCAGCAUCCUUGGAGGAAGAGGUUGCUCAACUAAGAGCUGUUAACCAGCAACUCAUGAAGAGGCUUCAAAAUCAAGCUGCUCUUGAAGCUGAGGUUACGAGGCUCAGAUGUUUGCUUGUGGAUCUAAGGGGGCGCAUAGAUGGAGAGAUUGGAUGUUUUCCUUAUCAGAAACAGGUGAAAGCGAGCGGGGAUUUUACUUAUAACGUGACCCAAUCAAACAUGCUAGCUGAUGCUCAGGUUCUAAACUCAUGUGGCUUCCGUUGCGAUGAUCAGGUGUCUUGUCUCUAUCCAGAUAUACAAGGGAAGACUUUUGGAGAAAAUGGUUCUUAUAGCAGUCAAGAUCUCCGAGUCUGUGAGAUUGACAAUUUGCAUUGCAUUGGGACUCCUGCUGCUAGAUCUUUUGGAUGUGGAAAUGGAGUUGCAAAAUCUGCUGAUCACUCAGCUAAAAUCACAAAAAUUGAAGGUGCUCGUGCUGCAAAGAAGGAUCACAUUGUUGAUCUUUGAUUUGAUAGUCAAUCCAUUGCCUGUCUUUUUCAGCAGACAAUCCUUUUCUAGUUUGUUCUCCAGUUGGUUGCUUUAAGAUUAAAUUAAGGUGUAGAAAGUAGAAUUCCAGCGAGCGAGGAUUGCGGAUGUAGUUGCAUAGCAAACUAUCUGCCUUCGAAUCAGUUGAUAGCCUCUGUUUGGAUGUUGUCUUAAGUAGGAUCAAAUGCUCGUAGCAGAAUCAAGAUUAAAAAAAAAUAAAGUAUGUAGGGAUUUUGUUGUCUCCAUAAAUUUUGAUUGUACUAUAUAUCAAAAUCCUUCAUAUUUGUAUGUGUAUAUUGAGGUACUCAGCUUUGUUCUGGAUCAUGGUUUCAAUCUUAUUUCCUGAGCUUUUAUGGUUUCGAUCAAA